AUGGCCUGGCCCUGCAUCAGCCGCGUGUGCUGCCUGGCCCGCUUCUGGAGCCAGCUGGACAAGUCCGACCUCUCGGUGCCGCUCACCAUCCACAACUACUCGGACAUCGAGGAGCAGGAGGACGGCCCCCACCACCAGCGCGGCGGAGCCCCUCCGCGCGGCAGCACUCGCCCGCCCGCCCCGACCCCCCGCCCGCGGGACCCCACCGCCGCCACCGGCAAGCCGGGCGGGCGCAGGAAGAGCCGCGCGUCCGCCGCCGGGGAGCCCUUCGCAGCGGAGACCCAGUACCGGCGGGACUUCCGAGCGUGGCCCCUGCCGCGGCGGGAGGACGCCUGCCCCUGGGUCAGCGCCAGCAGCGGCGGGAGGGACGGGGCCGCCCCCCAGCCCGCCCCGGGCCGCGCCGCCUGCGCCCUGCCCGGCAGCGGCGGCCCCGAGCAGCUCCGGCCGCGGCCGCAGGCGGACGGCGGACACACCACCUCCUACAGGCAAGAGUAUCGCCCAUGGACUGGAGUAAAACCAUCCAAGCCUAUAAAGACAAAGCAAGGCUUCAUUAUCCCAGAAGACCAUUUUGUUAAAGAGACAAGCUACAAGGCAGACUUUAAGAUCCCAGAGGUGAAGACGAGGUUCUCCCCCAACCCUUCUGCUGUUUUCCAGGCGCCAUCACGGAUCCUCAACGUGUGAACCCGGACCCUCCUCACACCCAGGCAGCUCAGACACGGAGUUAGAUGUAUCUAUGCAAUUUUCAUGAGGAGCGUUAAGAUCAAAGAGCCGGUGUUACCAACAGCAGCCCCAGUGAUUAAUGGCAUGCACACAAACUUUCUGUUAACACAACAAACCACAAAGCGCUUGGUUCAGAGCUGGCAAACCAUGCUGUGAGGAGUGACCUAGUUUUACGCGGGAGCAGGUUCAUUACUCUGCCAGCUGGCCUCACAUUAGGAGAUUGACUUCAGGCACCAAGUAUAGCAGGCAACAUCCCUGUGCUCAAAUACACAGGGUGGGAGGGGAAAGCAGUCACAAAUGGGAUGGAUAAUUAAAACCAAAAAGAGUUUAAUUUAGCAGCAUCCUCUAAGUAAACAAGUGAAAGACAGGGAGCAUCUGGCUGACUUCUGAGCUUCUUGAGGGGUUUUGGAAACAGGACCUGAAAUGGCUGCACCAGAAAACAGCACCAAAAGGGCUGGUGUGAACUUCCAGGGUUGUUCUCCAAAAUGCAUCUGGCAUAUGCAGUGUCUUGGGGCUUCAAGGCUGGAAAGCUGGAUGUUUCCAGGGCUGGUGGGUUCACACAGGAGCAAGAGGGGACCAAACUUCAGGGGACAGCCCUGAGAGCAAUGCGCCAGCCUGGUUUGGAGAGGAUUACAUGGACUGUCAGGCACCUGCCAGGCUCCAGAGGAGCUGAGAUACAUAUGUAAUUUGUAUAGCUGUUAGGGGGAGUGUAAAUACUGUAUAUGGAUUUUACCUGAACCAAUUUGUGAUCCUUUAAUGAAAAGGACAUGCUUAUACUUUUAAUAAAUGUUAAGUCUUUGCAUAUG